AUGGCACCUCGUGGAAGAAGACCACGCGUACCCCCGUUUGAGAGCAAUACUGUACAAGAUGAUAAUUCAGAAGUACUCGCUGCUGCAGCCACACGUUUCUUUCAAAGGAUGGUCAAUGGUGAUAUGGUGGUAGGUAGAACCACACAAGUAGGAUGCACAUUAGAACAGUUCUCCCACCAGCACCCACCUACUUUCGAUGGCAGAUUGAAUUCCUUAGAUGCGGAAAGCUGGAUUGAACGCAUGGAGCAGAUUUUGGAAGUGCUCUACUGCACGGAUGAUCAGAAGGUGAAAUAUGCCACUUACCAUUUGACUGAAAUGGCAAACAAAUGGUGGAAGUCGACUCGGGCUUUGGUUCAGUUGGAAUUAGGGGAAGCAGUCCCCAUUUCUUGGGAGCAUUUCAAGAGAAUCUUUCUGGAUCACUUUUUCCCACGAACUCUUCAAGAGUCGAGAGCUCGCCAAUUUAUAGACCUUACUCAAGGAUCAAUGACGGUAGCACAGUAUGCUACAACAUUCAUGGAGCUUUCCCGUUUUGCCAGUUACUUAAUUCCAAAUGAGGAAAAGAAAGCUGAAAAGUUUGAGCGCGGUCUGAAUCGCAGGAUUAGGGAGCGUGUACGUACUCUCAGGAUUCGGAAUUUCACGGAACUAGUCACCCGUGCUACUAUUGCUGAAGAAGACAUUCAAGAAAGUAUCGAUUACAAUAAUCAAAGAAAGCGACAGCAGCAGCAACAACUCCAACCAGCAUCACAUGGGGAUAAGAGGCAAUGCCAGAAUAAUGGACAACGGCCACGACAGGGCGAGACAGGAUGGCUCCCCAUGUGUGGGAAGUGUAGUAAGAGGCAUGCAGGGAAAUGUUUGAUGGGAACCGGAGCAUGUUUCAAAUGUGGGAAUGAAGGACACCAUCUUCGAGAUUGUCCUGGGAAGAACAUAGCUACUACUCAAGCUACAAGAGAUGGACAGAAGUAUAUGGCACCAGCUCGAGUUUUCUCCUUGGCACAGUUGCGUGGCACCAAUGCGCCCGUCAAUGAGAACACAGGUAACUAA